UGACGAAUCUCCUUCCUGGGACAUCAACAUAUCGGACAUGACAGGCCGUGUGAAAAAGUCAAAGAAACGUUCAGGUAUUUGACCCUUUCAUAUUACUAUAACAUUGUGUUGCCGCCCCACAAUCAUCUGGUGUUGCCCCACAAUCAUCUGGUGUUGCCCCACAAUCAUCUGGGGGUCCCCCCACAAUCAUCUGGUGUUGCCCCACAAUCAUCUGGUGUUGCCCCACAAUCAUCUGGUGUUGCCCCACAAUCAUCUGGUCUUGCCCCUACAAUCAUCUGGUGUUGCCUCACAAACAUCUGGGGGUCCCCCCACAAUCAUCUGGUGUUGCCCCACAAUCAUCUGGUGUUGCCCCACAAUCAUCUGGUGUUGCCCCACAAUCAUCUGGUGUUGCCCCACAAUCAUCUGGGGGUCCCCCCACAAUCAUCUGUAGUGCCCCUAACAUCUGGUAGUGCCCCCAUCUUGUUAUGAUUGCCCCAUCAAGUUGCUGGACCAAUAUAUUGUGUUCAUCAGUUACUAGUUUGCAAUGUUAAUUUUUCUGUUCAUUCACCUCCUCUAUGGAACAAGACAAUAAUAUAUAUAAAAUUAUCUUAUAGCAAUUCCUUCCCUUUGGUCCAAAACGGCGUUUGACCAAGCCCCGGUAAGAACCUUAACUUUUGACCUCAGUCCGGACAUAACAGAGUCGAGCUUAGCAUCAGCCCCAAUGUCUGAAGGGGAGUUAAUUAAAGCCAGAGCCAUCGGAGAGCUGGGAGAUGUGGCAGAGAGGAAAAUCUUGGAUUUAAAGCGAUGGUGAGUGAAUUGUCACUUUACAAUAUGAUGGUGAGUGAAUUGUCAUUUUACAUGAAAGUGAGUGAAUUGUCAUUUGACAAUGUGAUGGUGAGUGAAUUUUCAUUUUGACAAUGUGAUGGUGAGUGAAUUUUCAUAGUAAUUAAACAUUGGAAUUAUCAUUAUACAUUUGGAUGGUCAUGAUACAUUGGGAUGGACAUUACAGAUGAUGAUGAUGGCUUUCCUUUUGACCACAUAAAUCUUUUGAUAAAUCUGCUGAUGGACAACGUCCUUCCACUGCUACUUGGUGUGUUUACUAUUUCACUACUACUUGGUGUGUUCACUAUUUCACUACUACUUGUUGUGUUCACUGUUUUACUACUACUUGGUGUGUUCACUAUUUCACUACUACUUGGUGUGUUCACUAUUUCACUACUACUUGGUGUGUUCACUAUUUUACUACUACUUGGUGUGUUCACUAUUUCACUACUACUUGGUGUGUUCACUAUUUCACUACUAUUUGUUGUGUUCACUAUUUUCACUACUACUUGUUGUGUUCACUAUUUCACUACUACUUGUUGUGUUCUCUAUUUCAGUACUACUUGUUGUGUUCACUGUUUUACUACUACUUGGUGUGUUCACUAUUUCACUACUAUUUGUUGUGUUCACUAUUUUCACUACUACUUGUUGUGUUCACUAUUUCACUACUACUUGUUGUGUUCUCUAUUUCAGUACUACUUGUUGUGUUCACUGUUUUACUACUACUUGGUGUGUUCACUAUUUCACUACUACUUGGUGUAUUCACUAUUUCACUACUACUUGGUGUGUUCACUAUUUCACUACUACUUGGUGUUUUCACUAUUUCACUACUUGGUCUGUUCAAUAUUUCACUACUACUUGGUGUGUUCACUAUUUCACUACUACUUGUUGUGUUCACUAUUUCACUAAUACUUGGUGUGUUCACUAUUUCAUUACUACAUGGUGUGUUCACUGUUUUACUACUACUUGGUGUGUUCACUAUUUCACUACUACUUGGUGUGUUCACUAUUUCACUACUACUUGGUGUGUUCACUAUUUCACUGCUUCUUGGUGUUUUCACUAUUUCACUACUACUUAGUGUGUUCAUUAUUUCAGGUACUGUAUCAGUCGUCCGCAGUAUAAAACAUCCUGUGGGAUCUCAUCUGUCGUCUCGUGCUGGAACUUCCUCUACUCAUCAAUGGGACAUGGAAGGUGAGGCCUGUGUCAGCUUUUAGGACAUACAUGUCAUUGUGACGUAAAUUACCAUAUAAUUUUAAAUAGUUUAUAUAUUUUACACACUGUGGCAGGGCCAUGCUAAGGUAAAUCGGCACCCUGGUUGAAACCAGAAAAUGAUGCCCUCCGUUUCAGGAAAAAAGUACCACCCAUUGAAGAACAGUUUAAUAAGUCAAGUUUGUUAAGUACAUGGGAUCUUAUAUUUUAAUUCACCAUAAAGGUCCUAUCAAGUUAAUAAAGUACAUGGGAUCUUAUCUUUUAAUUCACUAUAAAGGUCCUAUCAAGUUAAUAAAGUACAUGGUAUCUUAUAUUUUAAUUCACCAUAAAGGUCCUAUCAAGUUAAUAAAGUACAUGGGAUCUUAUAUUUUAAUUCACUAUAAAGGUCCUAUCAAGUUAAUAAAGUACAUGGGAUCUUAUAUUUUAAUUCACUAUAAAGGUCCUAUCAAGUUAAUAAAGUACAUGGGAUCUUAUAUUUUAAUUCACUAUUAAGGUCCUAUCAAAAGAUGAUUUUGGCACCCCCUGAUUUUUGUUUACCCUUUGCUCCCCCCCCCCCCUUUUUUACGAAUCUGCUCUGUGAUUUUAUGUAAUAAAUACUGUCUUUAGUAAUAUUAGUCAUUUAACUGAGUGAGAUGGAUAGAUUGAUUUCUGAUUAAAUUUUUAAAAUUUGAUAAUGAUGGCCUUUCAAGCGUGGGAAAUUCCUGAUCCAUGUAAGGGGAUACUUUUCACUAUCCAUAAUUGUUGUAUCCAAGGGACAUUGUUAUUAGCCAUAAUUGCUGCAUUUAAUGGACAUUGUCAUUAGCCAUAAUAGCUGCAGUUGAAGGGUCACUUGUCACCAGCCAAAAUGGCUGCAAUAAAGGUGACACUCGUCAUCAAGUAUUUUAAUCAUUCUAGCUGACUAAGAUAGUCGUAUGACUAGUCAUAGUUUCCAAAAUGUUGAUGUCUUUUUAUAGUCACAAUUUGUAGAAUUACUUCAUUUAAAAAAUAUGUUUGUUAAACAUUCAGUAUAUUCUCUUCCUCUCACAGCUUCUCAGUAUAUUCUCUUCCUCUCACAGCUUCUCAGUAUAUUCUCUUCCUCUCACAGCUUCUCAGUAUAUUCUCUUCCUCUCACAGCUUCUCAGUAUAUUCUCUUCCUCUCACAGCUUCUCAGUAUAUUUUCUUCCUCCCACAGACACUCAGUAUAUUUUCUUCCUCUUACAGCCUGAAGCCACUCACCCAAGAAAAUGCCAUGAAAAUCCUGGGAUUUCAGUCUCCAUUUGAAAACAUCAAAUUUGGCCCCAUCACAGGGAAUCUCACACUGCUGAGGUUUGUACACAACAUAUUAGCGUUUUUGUUGAACAUAUCAUUGGGUAUUAUUUUAUCAAUAUUGUUAUUAUUAUUAUCAAAGUGGUCUUAUAAAGCGCUGUACCCCAGCCUAGGGCUAGAUCCACCACGCUUCACAUAAAAUUAGCAAAAAGAAAGAAACACCAUGCUUUUAAAUGUUUUAUGGCCUAGACUAUUAUUACCUUUUUUUUUUUAUAGCAUUAAAAUGGAUCAAUAUUAAAACUGCAACUCACAAGGUGGAAUGACAAUAAGAAAAAAAAAUAUUGAAGCUUUGUUUUUAAUUAGUUUGGCUUCUGUAAGGAUGAGUUCCCUCCCUUCCAACCCCCAACAUAAUCUCCUACAUCAAACCAGUCUCAAUGAGUAUUCAAAAUUUUACCAUUAAACAAACAAAAAAUUUCCUAGAAUUGAGUUUUUCAGUCUGUUACUAGUGAAUGACAAGCUAGAAACAUAACACAAACUAAACAUCCUUCACUUGAAGAACUAUUUGAAGAAAGAUGUUUUUGCAAAACUAAACACAUUUUGGAUGAUACAUCCCACCCUCUGCAUCACAGAUACUUAGGAUCGGGCCGUUCGGAACGAAUUCUUUCCAUCAGGGCGAGGACUGACCGAUAUAAAAAUUCUUUUGUUCCCCAAUCUGUACGAAUUUACCGGCAUGCUUCCUCUGAAGUCACACAUCUGAAUGAGAACUAAUAAAUCCCAGAUUUUGCUAAGAGAACUCACUGAAUGGCUGUUAGAAAUAAUUUAUUAUAAAUGUCUUGUGUUCAAAUUGUUUUAUUUUUGUGCUGAAAAUGUAUAAUGCAAUCAAAAAACAUUUCCAUUUAUUUGGAUCAAUAAAAGAAUCUUAUCUAUCUUAUUUCUCCACGAAAUGAUAAUUUCAUCUUGGCGAAAUGAAUUAACAUCAAAUAACAUAUUUUCAGAUGGUUCCAAGAGCUGAAUGUCCAUUUCAAGGUCAGGGGGAGGAGCUAUUUCAUGUACAAACCUUGCGGGAAGAACAGAACUGCGGGUGUAACGGAUGAAAUGGCUCUCAAGAUGUUGAAGCAAGGACUCAAAGACCUCAACACGACCUUCAUCUACCACUGCCACAACCACUACUUCUGUCCCAUUGGCUACGAGGAGACACCACUGUUUUGUGUGGAUGCUUACAAGUAAGUGACCCUUGACCUCGUUUAACUGUGCUGGUGUUGCAUGUAAGUGACCUAUUACCUAGUUUCUCUGUUGGUACUGACAUAUAAAUGACACAUUACCUAGUUUUUUGGUGCUCCUGCUUACAUGUAAGUGACACAUGACCAAGUUUAACUCUGUUGUGCUGACAAGUAUGUGAACUUUGACCUAGGUUAAAUGUGUCAAUGCUUACAUGUAAGUGACCAUGACCUAGGUUAAAUGUGUCAAUGCUUACAUGUAAGUGACCAUGACCAUUUUUUUUUUUUCAUUUAGCCUUUACUUACUUUUAUUGACCAGCCAUGUAAGUCAGAGGUUCUCAAACUUUUUAAAGCAGGGAGGCGGUUCAGUGUCCCUCAGACACUGUUGAAAAAAGAUAUGAACGAAUUCCUCAGCACACUGCAUGUAUCUUCUUUGUGAUGUAACACAAACUUAUCGGUACCAGUGUUUUAAUGGGAAUUAUGGGCCUAAAUUUGUCAAUUGAAAUGGUCUUAGUCUUGGUUCCAUAUUUUUUCACUGCCGCCCAGGUACCCUUCUGACAGCUAGGCAGGCCAGAUUUGGCCCAUGGGCUAUAGUUCAGGGACCCCUGGUGUCAGUUAUGUUUGCUGCACCUGGAAAAAUAAAAAAACAAAUAAGUUUGUGAAUAAUUCUUCUAACCUAUCCUGGCAAAAUUUUCAAUUAUUCUGUGAGUGAAGCUUUUCGAAAAGGAAUUUAUAAAUGUUCAUUGUUUGUGAACAAAACUUUCAUCAAUGGCACAUCUUGCAAUAAUAGUAUUCUCAUUUUUUCUAAGCACAAUCUCUCUCUCCCACUUAAUCACACUGCUGCUCUGUUACUGGGCAGUUUAUUGUUAAAUUGUGUAUAACACUUUAGAGAUUGAUUGUUUUGUAUUUGCAGGUGCAAUGUUGGCGACAAGGCAGUGGACACGUGGGUUCUCAUAGGAGACACCAGCCGUAAACAUCCCAGCAUUCAUUGUAAAAAGUCAGUGUCCAGAUUUUAUGUAUACAAAACAUGUCAGCGCCUUACAUUAAUAACAACAUGAGGUCUGACUGGCUGCGUAAUAGUGUAAUUACAGAGAUCAAAGGAUAGUUACGCAGAGAUCAUUAUUUAGUUUAGAAACAUUUGAACAUAAUUUCUGAAUGAUCUCUGUGUAAAUAACCUUAUUUUAUAAAUUUAGAUGGGGACAUGCACAAAAUAAUCAAGGUGCAUGAAGAACAAGAUCACAGACUUAUGAUGAGGAUUUAAUUUGUUUGUGAAGUGACUUUGUCGGCUUUACUAGCUGUAUUUCCCACUUCUAGCUGUAUUUGUGUAUCCAUAUUUGGUAUGACAUUAGCACUGACCUGACAUCCAUCUAUUUGUUUAUCCAUAUUUGGUUUGACAUUAGCACUGACCUGACAUCCAUCUAUUUGUUUAUCCAUAUUUGGUUUGACAUUAGCACUGACCUGACAUCCAUCUAUUUGUGUAUCUACAAUUGGUUUGACAUUAGUACUGACCUGACAUCUAUCUAUUUGUUUAUCCACAUUUGUUAUGACAUUAGCACUGGCUGUACAUCAUCCUGUUUGUUUAUCCGCAGCUGGGAUGACAUAAGUACUGACCUUAACUGUGAAAGUCCGAACUACUUCAACAUCCGACAACACUGGAAAGGAGUCAUCCACCGUGACACCUCGAGGAAAUCGGGGGGAAACCUCCACUGCAUCAUGGCCUUUCAGAAAGGGGAGAACGCUCCAGGCACCCCUACGUCAGUGUCCUCCAAUUGGAGCAAGUCAUCCUUGGUCAGAACCUCACGACUCCCCGGGGCACCAAACCAUCUUUUUCUCCAGCAGUCGUCGGGAUCAGGAGAUGACCAGUCUUGCUCCGAGGGCCCUUAUCCGUCAACCGUACCAGCAUCGCCUAAUCCGCCACGCACCAAGUUGGAAUUUGACCGAAGUUGGAGUCCAGGGGAAGAUGAAGUAGGUGAAGAGAAUUUGGACUCAGACUGUAGUGAUAGCGCUUUAGAUGAGAGUUGUGUCAGAGGUUAUGAGAAAAUCGAUGACGCUGUUUUUGAUGAGGCUAAAACACCAACUUCCGACUGAGUAGUCUCCUAUUGGAUUUUAUGUGUGUUUAUUGUUCUGUUUCACCUGUUGUCUGCCCUUCAUUCUUGUCUUAUAAAUAAUUGUGAUGGAAUCCAUG